AUGGCAGCUUCCCGGGUGGCCAACACGCGGAACUUGAGGACAAGGACCGUGAAUCUUGAGGACACCGAUGACAGCGUGGCACCCGUAGCAGCUCCUGUGGCCAGUCCAUCAGCAGAAGAAGCAGGGAACAAUUCGACAGAGGAAACGGACGUUACCGUUGAGCCGCCACGCCGGUAUGCAACUCGACGCACGAACAAUCCGCAUCCUGCCCUGUCGGCAGGACUCAGCAAGCGAACGGGCGCCGAGGUACGGGAGGAGGUGCAGAAGAAGAGAGAUGAAAGGGAGUUGGAUUUGCAGCGCAGGGAAGCUGAACUUGAGCAGCGAGAGCUCGAGGUAGAGCGGAAGUCACAAUCCUUUGCCAGUGUUGAGCGAAAACUGAAGUCGCGUCGAGACGAGGACACCAUGGAGCGCAUCUUCGACGACGAAGAUGCUGAUAUGGAAGAUCUAGCACAAGGCGAAGGCGCGGUGGACGCUGGCUCCAAGUCCGAUGUCGAGAACGAUGAAGAUUACCAGCCGCAGAGUGAUCCUGGCGAUGCAUCUGACGCAUCUCGGCCUAUGCAGUCGGAAGAUUUGGAAGACUCUGGUGGUGACGAUGAAGCUGUUGCUGGUACCAAGAGGAAGGCUGGUAAAUCGACCAAGUACUGCACGCACCUGAGUAUUCACAACUACCUCCCUUACCCGGCCCAGAAGCGCACUGCGAAGAAGAAGAAAACCACACAGGAGCGUAGGAAGGAGAUCUUGGGCGAAGUAGAGAGAGCAAAGGCGAUACAGGCAGGGGAGGACAAGGACGAGGAGGAGGAGGAGGCCGCACGACCGAAGGCAAGGCCCAAAUCGACGACCAACAAAUCGACGACCAAGCCCUCCUCCUCAUCGAAAUCUGCAUCCAAGCCUGUAUCCAAGUCCGCGCCUAAGUCCACGACAACCACAAACCGAGCCACGACCUCCAAGAAGACCUCCGACCUUCCAUCUCUAUCGCUUGAUCUUCCGAAUACCAUGGGCUUGAAGGCGGACUGGAAGAACGCUGUCGCCUCACGUCGCUCACAGACUCCCAAGUCGCAGGCCAGCUCUUCUGCGACAUCGGCAUCCCCUGCGACAUCGUCUAGUCAGCGAGGUACACCGACCCCUAGGCUCUCCGCUGCAGCUCACCGUGCAGGCAACGCCAAACGCACCCGGUGUCAAGACUCCAUCGAGCUCAUCGGAGGAUUCACCGACAGCGACAUCACUGUCGGCAUGGGAUCAGCGAAGGGCGGCUACGGACAGCUCGUGCAGGUCACUCAGAAGGCGAAGGGAGGUGAUGAUGAGCAGUUGGAGGGGAGUAUGAAGAAGAAGCGGCGCGCAAAGAGUGUUGUGCCGAACGAGAAGUCGCUCUCGGUUCAAGCCUUACCGGCCUUCAUCCAACCACACUGGAAGAGUACGUUUGUUCCUACAAUGCUCCAACUGAUCGGCGAAAGCGAGAAUCCCUGGGUGUUCGCAAGCGGCAAGAAUACUGCUGAAGAAAACCUCCUCAUCGAUGUCGUGCAGCGUCUGGUAGACGGAUUUUGGCCGGAGGAAGGGUAUGUUGUUGAUGGGAUGGACAAGAUCUAUCGUAUUGCACGCCAAGCCGUGAAUGACUGGCGCGCUCGCUUUGUCUCUCGGAUCAAGACAUUUGUGAAGAACGAGUUCGUCAACACAUAUGGCUCAGCUGCGAAGAUCGCAGCCUAUGUGAACGGUGCAUCCGGGCGAAGCCAAGGGCUUGCAUUCUGGGCUGUUUACGAUUCCGAGUGGCUUUACCUGGGUGCAUUACCACAGCUCGAGCGUCCUCUCGGGGCUCUCCAGUCCGCCUACGUUCUCAAGUCAUUCGCGACACAUCUGGCUGCCAUACAAGGAAGCCGCAUCAAAGAGACCGAUACGAAGCCGGCACGCGGCGCACUCGCACUCGCAGCCACUGCGGUGCAGUUUGUGUUUGCGGCCUGGACGACUGGGCGAUACAACACCAAUCUCGUCUUCAGUGGCGAGCGCUAUCGCAGCGUCACAACCUAUUGGCACGACAAGUCCGUCGCGAAGAUCAUCGAGCGUCGCCGAUUCGAUAAGUAUGUAGAUAUGGCAAUUCCGUACAUCGAGGCUACAGGGGCGCCGCGUGUUGUGGACGACGAGGACGACAUUACCGUUUGUGAUCCGAGUAGUCCAGUGCAGUCUGAUGGCGAGGAUGACACGUUCGGUAGAGGUUGA